GGAAGUGACGUGAAUAGCAGCAAUGGAGGAGAGGUUUUGUCCAGAAAUGCUCAACUAUGCACCCAGGCGAUAUCCCAGGGAAUCUUAUGAAGAAAAUUCACAGUAUGAUGAGCUGGCCUAUGAUGACUAUGAAUCUCCAUCUCACAGGCCGGAGAGAUGGAGGAAUGUGUCCAGUCAGGCAGAAAUGCAUUCUGAAAACAAUAGAAGAUAUUAUAAUGAAGCUACCUACUCUUCUUCAGCCAGAGACAAUUUCUUGGAUCAUGACGAUAGAGAUGAUCGCCAUUCACAGUACAAUGAAUUAAGGAAUCCCACUGAACCUGGUGGGGAUCCAGGGUUGUUUGGAAGGCCAGCAAAUUCAAGUGACAGUGAUGCCAGGAGAGGAUCUGGGAUCUACCGGAGAUCAGUGAGCCCUGCUGAGUCUAGAGAUCGACCAGAAUUAUACAGAAGCCCAAAUAAUUGGCAGUCUCAGAGUUCAGUUGAUGACUCGAGAGAUUACCAAUUCUAUAGGAGAUCCCAAAGUCCUGAUGGCAGAGAUAGUCGUGGUUCAUACAAUAGAUCCCAGAAUCCUGUUGAUAAGUCAGGGCAUUCAGAAUCACACAGGCGAUCCUGGAGCCCUGGCCAUGAGACUGGGGAUCAGGGGUCAAACCCCCCACCUAGAAGUCCUGUAAAGGCACCUGAUGCAGAGUUAUACAAGUUAUUAAGUAAUGUUAUUGAUAAUGCUCGGCGUAUGGCAGCUAGUAAAAAUGACCCUUCUCACACAUCCUGGAGCAACUCGUCUAGGGACUCCCCUCAAAUGGAUUCUUCUGCUUAUCAGACCGAUGUACCUACACCUGGGUUCCACGGAGUUGAGGAUUAUAAACCUCAUUUGAAUCAGCAGAGUUAUAGUCACAAAAGCACGGAUGUUUCCAAAAGAGGUCGUUCUUUACAUGGUCCUCCUAAAAGUGCAAGAGCACCUUUGCUUAAGCGUCCAAAGCUUCCAGCGCGACGUGGCCUUCUAGGAAGAGCCCCUGGCCUUCUUGGGACUGCACCUGGUCUUCUAGGGAUAGCACCUGGCCUUCUAGGGAUAGCUCCCGGGCUCCUGGGAGUGGCCCCUGGCCUUCCAGGAACAGCUCCUAUCUUCCUAGGGACAGCCCCUGGCCUUCUGGGGACGGCCCCUGCUGGUUUAGCAGGGUCUUCUGUGUCCAACGUGCCAAUGGCCACUUACAGAAAUGUAUCCCCUGACUCUUCUCAUUUGCAGUCACUGGGGAAUAUACCUACUGCUGCAGGUAAUCAAAUGGAUCUGGGGCAGCAAUUAAUAAAAUGGGCUGGUUUUCAUGGUGUUGCUGUUGACCAUUCUGUUAAAAAAAAGUUUGAUUCCAACACAGAUACUUGCUCUAAGGUAGCAUCAGCUUUCCGGUGCUUGAUGGCACAACAGCAUCAGGAUAUCUGUCAGUCAACAUCAGUAGCACAUCUGGGCCUCACAUGCCCUGUGAUAGAUAACUCUUUUGUGUCUCUGCUGAGAAGGAAGAAUAUCAUUACAUGUAGGAAAGAGUUGGAUGAUCUUGUACAGCAAGAAGAUCCUCUUUUGCAAGAGAUUCAGAACAGACUGCUGGAAUGUGUAGGCCCACUUUUUGUAGCAAGCAAUAACCAUGAAUUGAGCUCCAAGGUGCAAAGCUCACAGACCACUAAUGAACUUGCCAGUGUACUUGAGCAGGUGAUUAUGGCUUGCCGCCAAUCAAUGGUAUUUAUUGGACAAACAUUUGCGUUUGUCAGCCAAGAAAGAAGGAAGAAUCUGUUGAACAAAACCGGACUGGUAUCAGUAGCUCCAAGCUACGAGUAUUUCAUGAAUCUGGAAAACAAUGAGCUGUUUGGGAACAAGUACACAAAUGAGCUGAGGAACCGAGUGGAGCAUAUCUACCUCCCUCCAGUACAUAGCCAGGUUUCUUUUUCCAAUAAGUUCAUGGUCAAAGAGGAACAAUCAACAAAUGAUGCAGCAAUCAAGCCUUCAAAAAUUUCCCAUUUGGCAGAUGCCAAAUCUGGCACACAGUCAGAUAUAGGUUCUAUGGCACCAGAUGACAGCAGUAGAUGGAAGACAGAUAAAGGUUCAGCAUCCACUGAUGGCAAUGGGAAGAGUGUGGCAGAGGAUGUAGCAUCAGCAGGCGGAGAAAGCAUCUGUCCCCCAGACGACCCGCAGAUCAAGAACGUUAUUGAUAAAUUGGCAAUGUUUGUAGCUGACAAGGGUGAGGCAGCAGAGAAAGCAGUCAUCCAGUACAAGAAAGAGGACCCCAAUUAUAGGUUUUUACAUGAUGCAGAAAGCAACGAGUUCAAAUAUUACAAGCAGAAGUUGGCACGGUUUUGUAGAGAAAACAAGUCAAACCAAGCUGGGUCAGAGUGUAAAACAUCAUUGGAGGGAAUGGAUAACAUACCAGAGGAUUUCCAACCAGAAUUUCUUGUGCAAGUUGAAACUGCAACGUCUUGUCCAUCUGCAGAAAAAGAUGAAUCUCUCAGCGACACCAAGACAAGAACAACUGCAGAGAAGCUAGCAAAGUUUGUGGCUGAAUGUGGUCCAGAGCUGGAAGAGAUUGCCAUUGAAAAUAACCGGGAUAAUCCCAUGUUCUGGUUUCUCUACGAUGAGAACAGUUCCUACUUCAAAUAUUAUAAAGAGAAGGUGAAGGAGUACAGCGCGAUAGCAGAGAAAUCAGAAUCCUCCGCAGAUCCUGCACCAGAGGCGGGAUCUUCUGGCCAUUCUGCCCUGCGCACCAGAAAGAGGAAGGGACUAACAUUGAAAGUGGGCAUGCUGCCACCUAAGAAAGUGCGCCCAAGGGCUGCCCCAUCACCAGUUCGAGAGUUGAAGAGAAUUGGUUAUGACAAGCCAACAUACAAACCGAAGAAAAAGCCGAAAUCUGAGGAUAUAAAUUACACCAAAAACAAACUGGCAACGGACAACCUUGGGUACCAGAUGCUGCAGAAGAUGGGCUGGAAGGAUGGAGAGGGACUGGGUUCAGAUAAACAGGGCAUCAGAGAUCCCGUCAACAGGGGUGUGACGUCAACAGACAGGUCUGGCCUGGGAGUUGGUGGAACUGCAGAGGUAGAUGAUGGGGAUAAUGAAUUUGCAACUUUCCGCAAACGGAUGAUGAUGGCAUUCAGAAGCAAACUGCUGUCAAAAUCCUAGGUUAAUGUUGGGCUAGUGAUGUUGGAGUUGCUGGAAAGUGAAGGAUGGUCUUCAUAGCACAGGUUGAGAGGGUUGGAGGCAACAUGAAGUGAAAAGACCUGAAAAUGCAGAAUGUUUAUAAUAAAAACUAUCCAGACAAGGACUGUGCUGGAGCCCAUUAUACCUGGUGACUCACUGUACCUGGUAACUUGCUAUACAUGGUAACCUGGUAAUUCACUAUACCUAGUAACCUGGAGACUCAUUGUACAUGGUAACCUGGUAACUCACUAUACUUAGUAACCUGGAGACUUGCUGUACAUGGUAAUCAGGUAACAUCUGGUAACUGUGAACUCGGUGUACAUGGUAGCCUGGUAACUCACUGUACCUAGUAAUCUGGUAGCUCACCUGAUAACUUACUAUGCCUGGUAACUUGGUGUACGUGGAACUCACUGUGCCUGGAAACCUCGUAAUGCUGUAUGUGGUAAUCUGGUAACUCAGUAUACCUGGCAACCCACCAUGUAACAACAGAAUACAGUGCUCCAGUUGGAUAAUUUAGGAUAUCCAACAAUGUGUCUGGAUCCAUAUGUUGUUGGUGUUCUGGUUGGAUCCAGGUGUAUACACUUGAUCCCUUUGAUGUCAGAGGAUGGACUAUUAUAGGAGAUCUAUAAUGCACUUGUUUCAUUUUCUAAAUUUUUUAAAACAUGUCUUAAAGAAUUCUCCUAUUUAGAUAUCAAUGUUUCUCAUAAUGAAUGGACUAGGCAGUCCCUAUUCCUAUCACCCAGUGUUAGCUUUUCCCCCCUGCAACCCAUAUUGAGGUAACAAUCUUGGCGUUCACUGUUGCACACUUUGGCCUGAGGUAAGUAUCUGAUUUGGACGCAAGGAAGUUUUCAGUUAGGAAUUUUCAAGUUACAAGUUUAGAGCUGGUGUCUGUCCACGCAUUCGGUACAACAGACAUACCACUGUCAGUGUAAACAACGAGAUUCAGUAUAACACAGCCAAACAAGUGUUACUCUAGCAAUGGUCGUCGUCACUUACUUUUGUUUGAGGAAAGAACUUCACUCCAUGGCGGGAGAAAACAAAAUGAAGCACGUGGAAGAGAAAACGGUUGAGUUUUCCCAGCAGCCAGGUCAAACUGCCUAAAGUGCAGGGUCUGCCUGGGGUUGACGCUGCACAUCGGGGGAAGUUUUGUAGUGAAACCGUUUAUGAAACAGGCGUUUACAGUCCUGCCACUACUGGUAGCUUUGGCCUUCAUGAUUUCGACCAAAACUAGACUGGCUUCCCCCGGAGUUUGUGUUUCUUCCAAUCCCACUAGCCCCAUCUCUAAUCCCAGGUGCCCAAAUCACGCGUCAACCGGGGUAAACAUUGACAGGGGUGUUAAAGCAUGAGAUUACGUGGCUCCGUAUGUCUAUGGAAUGGGGGAGGGGGAGGGUUGCAUAAACCGUGUGUGGGACAGCGUAGUCUUGGUUGGGUGAGUGAACAAGAAAUCACAGCGCUAGCCUGAAUUUGGAACGAUAGCCUGAUAGAGAGGAACACCUCCAUAAUGUUAAAUCUCUUAGAGCUUUGAGUUGCAGUAUUGUACUGAAAGUGCUUGUUCAGACUCCUGUGCCGUUUCUUUACUUAGCUUUACCAUUGUGUUGUGUUAUUUAUCAGUAGUGGAGUAUUGUGGUGUUGCUUCACUUAACUCGAUCACCGUGCAUGUAGCACACGGAGUGGUGACGUAACUCACCCCUGACCCCGCCUUCCCUGCAGGUGGACCAAAGGUGCCACUUGCAGACCAUUAUCUUUGAUAGUGAACGAGUUAGGAAGAGUUACAGUUUCUAACAGAUGUGGAAUUUAUAAUCUGGAUAUACUGUACAAAAAAAUUAAAGCAAACGUGCGCAAAGUC